AUGAAAGGACUGAUGAGCCAGAGUCUCUCAUCUGGAUCUUCUUCCAAGGUCCCCGGCACACCUCUAGAGGCUCCUGGUAGCGAGGUUGCUAUCCCUCGAUUAUCCAGUGAGGCUCGGGAAAUAAAACAUUUGCGUACCCCACAGGCCUGCACUGCUUGCCGGAGCAAAAAGGCCAAAUGUGACGGCAGACGCCCGAAAUGCCAGAGCUGCCAGCGCAUGGGUCGAGUCUGUACCUAUACCUCCUCUAAGCGGGAUCACCAGCGAAUGCAUUUGCAGUCUCUGCAGGAGAAAACCAAAGUCUAUGAAGAACUGCUCGCCGAGGUUGCUUCUCAGGCCUCCAUACAUGGGAAUAUCUCAAUUCAGAAUGUGUUCAAGAAGCAUUUCGAGCAAUCACCAGAUGUCUUCGCGGAUCUUCUUGCUUCAGAGUCUCUGACGAAGCAUCAUAUUCCAGUGUCAUGCUCACGCAUCUCAUUAGAUCACAUGUUCUUCGAAUACGUCUCUGAAGAUAGUCCGUUCUCACGGCCAGUCCUUAAGGAACCUCCUGUCAAAGUCAACUCAAUCGAUUACUGGACCUCGCUUGUUCGCAAUGACACUGCGAGCCACCUAUUAUCAUUCUAUUUUAUGUGGGAGAACCCGACCUGGCACCUGGUAGAGCAGGCUCCGUUUCUCCAAGACCUGGAAAACCGCCGCGGAAAGUACUGUUCUCGCUUGCUGGUCCAUGUGUUGCUCUUCUAUGGAUGUAGCUUCUCCUACAGAUUAAAUCAUGUCACUGAUCGAAGAGAGGAGAAAAUGCUGGGUGAAAAGCUCUACAACGAAAUCCAGCGUCUCUGGGAAAAGGGGAAAGCAAAUCCAGACAUCCCUACUAUACAAUCUGGUCUUUUGCUUGGGUUACUCGCCUGCACCUUUGGCCUUGAUAGAUUGGGCACACAGUUCAUCAUGCAUGGGGCAAGAUCAUAUUCUCAACAACGUUUCCAUAGUGAUUUUUAUCAGUUUUCGUCGAGCGAGAAUAGCGAUGAAGAACGCGAUCUCGCGCCGGAAGAGGCAUCACAGGAAAUGAUCUCAUGGGGCAUCUAUGAUGUGCAAACAAUAGCCUCUCAGGUGUACCGGAAGUUGUCUCUGUGGACAAGCCCACCACCCUUGCGCUGCUCGCUGAAACAAGCGUCUAGGCUUGAUGAAGACAUACAGUGGGUGUCGUAUCCUUUCGAGGGUCCUGUUUCUCGACCAUAUUACUAUACCACCCUCCACUUUCGGAGUGCGCUUGCAGUCAUCGUAAAUGAGCUUUCCAUCUUCACCAUGAACCUCGACGGAAAAACUAUGACCAGUGACGAUGAAGAUUACUGCUGGAAAAUCUACCAAAGGCUGGUGCAUUGGAAAGCCAGCUUACCACACCCCGUUCAGCCUGAAUACAACACCACCCCGCACAUCCUCUGUCUACAUUUCUACUACCACACAACUGUGCUAUUCGUCACCGAUCUCCUGACAUCAACCUCAAAAUCACAUGUCGAGUCCGACGGAGCCGUCGAGGAGGUUGACUUCGACCUCGUGAAAUCCGACGCCAUGGAAGCCAUCGGCUCACUGAUUCUCCUCUUCAAACAUCGACAUGGUUGGAAAUCCGUUCCAAUCGUAAUGCUGCAUUACUACUGCUUUGCCGGUGUCCACGGAGCCUCGAGAUUAGACGCGAACGAUCCAAAAUGGGCUCUCGUCCUCGAAAGCUGCGUGAUUGGUCUCUGGCACAUGAGUCUCGGAUGGGGCAGGUUAAGCAAAGCCUUCCUCCGGACCAUCGAGUUGGUCCUCAAAUCCAACGAUCCGGAUCCUGCAUUGAUACCCAUGAAAGUGGUUGCGAUUUUCAAGCAUUUGAAUACCGACCUGUGGUCUGCGACAGAUGUGGCUUCUUUGUCGGCGGAUUACGUGGUACGCCAAGUGUCAAUGAGGGUCAAUCCUUCCAAUACCCGUGCUGCCAACAGCCAGACGUUGGAGGAUCUAAUACGAGCGAUGGAGAAUCUAUGA